ACUCGUUGAGACUAUUUAUAAGACACUCCAUGAACACAUGGACACAGAUGUGAGCGAGACUUCCCUGCUUUCAGACCCGAACACAGCAUUGAUUUUGGAGUUAAUGCUAUUAACGGACACAGAAUGGUGUGAAUUGCGGUCAAAAUGUGACAAUUCUGUCGUUCAGUACGAUUGGCUCACAAGUGACACGUUAUUUGAUCCGCAAACCUGUCAAAUGAUAUCCACUAAGUCUAUGGACACAACUGGUGUCUCAUUUGUCUUCUCAUCGAUAGCGACAGUAGUUUUGUUUGAAAAACUUCUGCAACAACAGACACAAAAUGCAUUAAACAAUGAUUUGUUGGACUUAAUUGCCGGCCAAUUGAAACACAUAUUUAUAUCCGACGCUUAUGUGUCCAUAAAGUCGAUGUCUAGCCUUAAGUCAAAUUGUUUUUCUAAAUUUGAACGAAUUUUAACCGAAAGUCUAACAAAUAUACUACAAUUGACUAAAACCAGUGGUUUGAAUGAAAAAAUUGGACAAAUAUUACUGAAAAAAUCCAUUGAAGAUAAUGGAGUCAAUAGUCAAGCAUUUAAUCAUUUUAUUAAACACUUUGCCGAUAAAGACAGCGAACUUCAACACGAGUUGUCGUUUGAAAAUCUUAAUUACAACAAAAUCGUAACAUUUCAAAAAUAUUCGCAACUUUUAUCGCAAAACCGUUUGAAUGAAUAUUUGGUGCAAUCGUUGAAUGCGUUCAUCUGUUGCGAGCGUUUCAUGCAAUUAGACGACGGAAUCGCAAAACUGGCUGUAAUUCAGUCGUGUCUUAAGAGGUUAUCUUUAGACUCAGACGAUGGUCACCAAGAGUUGACUGAAACGAUCACAACGAUUAUGGAUACAUUUUGCGGUCUUAAAGAGUCCAACUCUGGUUUGUUUUAUUAUAAAAAUGACAUCGAAGCCGAUUCCGAUCUCCAAUUCUAUUCCCUUAUAAUUCAAACGUUUACUUCUAUUGUUGAUAAAUAUUGGGACAAAUUAACGCAAACUCAUUGGGAUUUAAUCCUGUGUUCGUCCACUUCUUGGCUUACGAAUAUUAUUAACAAAAAAGAAAAGUUAUCGAAGAGUUUAUCAAUCAAUAUAUUUGCCACAAGAGUGUUGGAUUUGAUUCAAACCAUAUGUAAGACAUUUGACGCUAAGAUCAGCAGCGCUUCUAAUGAUAAAUAUCCGGCAAAUCUGUUGGAGGAAUGGAAUGAAUUUCAUUCGCCAAACCUUUUCCUAACAUUAAUCCCGUUUUAUAUGGAAAUAUGCGCAAAAGAAUUGAACUUUUAUGGAGACAUUCUAAUCAAGAAUUUGUCGAAAACUGUUACUCUGUUUACCGAUUCUGUCAUAAAUGACUUGUUAUCACAAAUCCCUUACAAGCACUCGCUUACAGUGCAAAAGAUGGCCAAACCCUAUGAUUAUAUAUGUUUACCACAAAAUAAGGAGAACUGUUUCAAUACAUUCUGUCCACUUGUGGUCAACCCUCGACACUCUAUCGCUCUAUCAGCACAUCGACUCAUGAUUAAAUUCAUACCGUUUCUCAUGCGAGAUGUCAUUCAGACAACAGAAGUGUUGGACAGAGAGGAAGAGGAGAAUCUUUUAUCACCGCCGAAGACAAUACUAUCACUUUUGGAACAAAUGGAUGGCAUAAUCGAUACAAUGCUGUCUGAAUACCUCAUCGGUGACUGUAUAUGCGUUGUA